AAUGUAACAAUUGUAACGUGAAAGGUAAACGAUUGUUUCAUUACAAAUCCUUUAAGCCUCCUGUCACUAGAGUAGACAGCACAGGAUUAUUAGGUACAAAAUAAACAUCACAAUAACAAUCAAUGAACUAAUAAUGAGUGAUUUGUCGCACUUAAGAUUAUCACGGUGAUACAGGUGGCCCGUGAUUGCCAAGAUUCAUUGGCAGAAUUCAUAUAAAGUAAUAUAAGUCUAACAUAAAUUAAAUACUUACGUUCUGCGUCCUUGCCGAUGUCUACAAUGAAGUUAUUGAAACCCCUCUGGAUCCUCCGAAAUGGCAGAAAGAAGAAAUUGGGAUGCUCUGUCAGUACUUGGUCACCUUUGGCAACAGCAUUCAACACCAGACCAAAUUCCAGACCUAUUUUUGACUCUUUAAAGGAAAGAACUGGCCUCUUCAAUAAACCAGAGCUCACAACUUUUGAAGGCUUCUACACGCUCAAGGACCAGGCUAUCGAAGCAACUGAUCGUCUGAUAGAAGAGGCCACCAACAGCCCCACGCGUCCUAUGGUCGAGAUAUUUGAUGAGCUUUCCGACACACUGUGCAAAGUUGCAGAUCUUGCUGAGUUUGUGAGGAUAGCUCACCCCCAACCACAUUUCGCACGAGCUGCUGAAGAAGCCUGUAUCAGCAUUAGUGGAGUUGUCGAAAAGUUAAACACGCACAAAGGCUUGUACGAAGCUUUAAAGAAGUCAGUUGAGAAUGGAACAUCUGGAGACAAACAUUUAGCAGAAUUAUUCUUGUUCGACUUUGAACAGAGCGGAAUACACCUCGAAGAGAACAAAAGGAAGAGUGUGGUGGCUCUCAAUGAUGUUAUCCUCCAAACUGGGCAGAGGUUCAUGGCCGGAGCUGCUAAACCAAGACGUGUUUCUCGAAGUGCUGUACCUCAGAAUGUUAGACAUUUCUUCAGCACCGAAGGUGACAAUAUAAUAGUGAGCGGGGUGUACGCGGAGUGCGGGGAGGCGGCCGCCCGCGAGGCUGCCUACCGACUGUACCUAGCGCCGGACGGCACGCAGGACCGCCUGCUGGACGCCGUGCUGCAGGCCAGGCACCACAUGGCCACGCUCUGCGGCUUCCAGACCUACGCCGACAGAGCAAUAAAAGCGAGUACAAUGGAGACAGCAGCAAACGUGCGGCAGUUUCUCGACCUCCUCUCUGACGGCCUCCACGACCGCGCUAGAAUGGACUUCGACGUGAUGCUGAAGAUGAAGAAACAGGAAACGCCAUAUCUGGACCAAUUAAACUGCUGGGACACGCCGUACUAUACUCACAAGGCGAAGAACUUGUUAUUGGACCAGGCCAAUUCGGACUUCAGUCCGUACUUCAGUCUGGGCGCGUGCAUGGAGGGCUUGGAUAUGUUGUGUCAAGAGCUAUACGGCAUCAGUCUGAAGUCCGAGGAAAUGUUGCCAGGCGAGUCGUGGUCUCCGGACGUAUACAAGCUGGCCGUGGUCCACGAGUCGGAGGGGCUGCUGGGCCACAUCUACUGCGACCUGUACGAGCGGCCCGGGAAGCCGCAUCAGGACUGCCACUUCACUAUACAGGGCGGGAAGCUGUUACCAGAUGGCUCCUACCAGAACCCGAUCGUGGUGAUAAUGUUGUCGCUGAGCGGCGGGCACCGCUCGGGGCCGGCGCUGCUGUCCGCGGGCGCGCUGGACAACCUGUUCCACGAGGCGGGCCACGCGCUGCACUCCAUGCUGGGCCGCGCGCCCCACCAGCACGUGGCCGGCACGCGCUGCCCCACCGACCUGGCCGAGCUGCCCAGCGUGCUCAUGGAGUGCUUCGCGGCCGACCCGCAGGUGCUGCGCAGGUUCGCGCGGCACUUCCAGACGCGGCAGGCGGCGCCGGAGCGCACGCUGCAGCGCCUGUGCGCCUCCAAGCGACUGUUCGCCGCCAGCGAGAUGCAGCUGCAGGUGUUUUAUUCAGCCCUGGACCAGCAGUACCACGACCGGCCCGCAGCGCCCGGGGGCCGCACCACGGACGAUCUGAAAGAAGUCCAGAAACAAUAUUAUGGACUUCCGUAUGUCGAAAACACAGCGUGGCAGCACCGGUUCAGCCACCUGGUCGGCUACGGCGCCAAGUACUACUCCUACCUCAUCUCGCGCGCGCUCGCCUCCUCCGCCUGGAACACGCACUUCGCGGCCGACCCGCUCGCGCGCCGCGCCGGCCGCCGCCUGCGGGACCGCGUGCUGCGACACGGGGGCGCCGUGCCGCCGCAGGUCCUGCUCAAGGACUACCUGGAAAUGGAGAUAACUCCACAGACGCUCGCGUCGGCGCUGAUAGACGAGCUGGACUGCCACAAGGACCACCUCGACACCGUGCUAAAGAUACUGGACAGAAAGUAACCCAUCCACUACGCAAUGAAAAUCAAAUGUCUCAUAUCCCCGACGCAGGUGGCUCUAAAACGUCACCGGUAUCACUUGUCAAUGAUUACAAGAAUAUAAUUUGUUUAACGAAUGAAAGUGGAUUAGAUUCCUUAAUCUAUCCAUUGUCUAAACGCAAUACGUUUCUUGUAAACGAAUAAUCGAAUACAAAUAACUAGACUAGGAUAAAUGAUUGUAUCUAUCCACAAACAAGAAGUCCAUAUAGUAUGGGUUGCAAAACCUGAUAUGCAUCGUUAUAUACGCUUAACCCUAUUAGUUAUAUAUUUUACAGAAAUUAGUAAAGGAUUUUGGAAGGAAAGUAGCUUAUUUUAUCUUAAAAAAAUACAAAAAUUAAUAAUGGUUUUGAUGGUGAUCACAAUAUGACAUUCAAUAUCAAUUAAUAAAAUUAAAGAUAUAACUAGUGACAGUAAUAUCAGUUUUACUUCUUUCUGUGACUCAUGAAAUCAGAAAAAAAAACUAUUUUUAAAAUUGUUAUGUAUUUUUUAAUUCAUUGUCGUACUAUCUGGACGUUUACUUUUACUGUAAUAUAUUUGCUUUUUUUUGUUUGUUUUGUUAUUAAUAAAUGAACAUGAAUCUUAUGUGAAUAAACUGUAAAUAUAGUAUUAUGUAAACUGUAUUUUAUUUGUAUUGAAUUAGAUAACAAAGUACAUUUGGGAGGAUCUUACAUGAAUAAAUAGUUCCGAGUGGAUUGCAA